UUUGCCCCUCUCUUUUCUGGAGAGACUUCUCAUUUUUCGCUAAUAAAACCCCAAAAAUAUAAAUAAAUAAAGAUCCAAAUGUACUCCCGAGUAGCCUCCCAUCUCCUCCACCGCCUCCGGCCAGCAGCCACGACAACCACUACCUUCCUCCGCCACCACAAUUAUCCCAACUCUUUCAGCACGACCACCACCUUCUUCUCGAAAUCUCACCCAAUAUUCUCCCUCUAUCCCCCAAGCCACUACAACCUCUCCCCGAACCUCCGCUUCUUCUCCACCAGGCCAGCUCGACCUGUUCGUCCAAACCGACCCGACAUCGGAGCCCGAGCCCGACAGCUCCAAACCCGCCGGCUAUGGACUUAUGCCCUGACCUUCAGCUGCAUCGCGGGGUUUAUAGUCAUCGUCCUCAACCAAUUUCAAGACCAGCUCGUCUUCUACGUCACCCCAACCGAUGCCCUAGCGAAAUAUUCUCAAAACCCUUCAAAAUCCAAGUUCCGCCUUGGCGGGCUCGUUCUGGAGGGCAGUUUGACGCAGAUUCCGUCGUCGCCGGAGAUGGAGUUCGUGAUCACGGACUUAAUGACGGAUAUUUUGGUGAAGUUCGAGGGUUCGUUGCCGGAUUUGUUCCGGGAAGGGCAUUCGGUUGUGGUGGAAGGGUUUAUUAGGCCGUUUCCGGAGAAAGAGAAGGAUGAAGAUGUUUCCAGGGAGGGAAGUAGUAGUAGUAGUAGUAUUCACGGGAAGGCGUUUAUGGUUUCGGAGAAAGCUAGAAGUGGGGAAUGUUAUUUUAAGGCCACUGAGGUUUUGGCUAAGCAUGAUGAGAAGUAUAUGCCUCCAGAAGUGGCGACGGCAAUCGAGAAGAAUAAGAAGGUUUUGAUUCAGGAGCAACAGCAGCAGCAAGAAUCUGAGGGGAAAGGAGCUGGAGAUGGGGCUGUUGGAACGGCAAAGGUUUAGGGGAAUUGGUAAUGAUUUUGAUUUUGGAUUAUUUUUUGCUGUUGUGGAAUCCACAGUUUUGUUAUAUGACCAAUAUACUUUUGAGUGUAUUUAUUUGUAGUAUUGUUAUUCGUUAAAGGUACAAUCAGGUAAAAGGAAGAGUCGGCGAAGUAGAGAGGGAUAUAGGAAAACAGAGAGGCAAAUGAUUAAAGGUUUAGGUUUACAUUUUUGUGGUAGAAAAUGACAAUUUAAUGGUGAUAGUGGAAUUGCAGUGACAGGUCCAGGGAUGAUUGGGUUCCUGUGGAUCCUGAGUUUUGAUACUAAUGAAUAAAUGACGCACUCUUGGUUCGGUUUUGCAUUUGAUUUCAA